UUCAGCUCAGACUGCAGAAGCUGAGGCUGGGUUUCCCACACAAACCCGGUCUCUGCUAACUGCCCCUCAGGUCCUGUAGUGGAGACACGCUUCCCGGGACGCGGCGACCUCGUUUGUCCAUCGGGGUGCAGGUCACCUGUGCCUUUCCGGGUCCAGCCCUGCCCCCAGCAUGAAGCUGACGGGCAAGACACAGGUGCUCACGGCCCUGCUGGGCGCCACGGCAGCCCUGGCCGUCACCGCGCUGGUGCUCACCCUGGUUGAGGCCAUCAACGUCCUCCUGCCCACAGACACCAAGUUUGGGAUCGUGUUCGAUGCGGGGUCCUCCCACACGUCCCUCUUUGUGUACCGGUGGCCGGCGGACAAGGAGAACGACACCGGUGUGGUCAGCCAAGCCCUGGCCUGCCAGGUGAAAGGGCCGGGGAUCUCCUCCUACGCCAGCGACCCUGCGCAGGCUGGCGAGAGCCUGCGGGGCUGCCUGGAGGAGGCGCUGGCCGUGGUCCCGGAGGCGCAGCAGCAGCGGACGCCGGUGUUCCUGGGGGCCACGGCCGGCAUGAGGCUGCUCAGCCAGAAGAACAGCUCCCAGGCCGAGCACAUCUUUGCAGCGGUCGCCCAAGUCCUGGGCCGGGCUCCCCUGGCCUUCUGGGGCGCCGAGCUCCUGUCGGGGCAGGAUGAAGGCGCCUUGGGCUGGAUCACCAUUAACUACGUCCUGGGCCGGCUAGUCAAGUACUCCUUCUCCGGAGAGUGGAUCCGGCCCCCGGAGGGGACGCUGGUGGGCGCCCUGGACAUGGGCGGGGCCUCCACCCAGAUCACCUUCGUGCCCCGAGGCCCCAUUCGGGACGAGAGCACCCAGGCCUCCUUCCGCCUCUACGGCUUCGAGCACCGCGUCUACACCCACAGCUACCUCUGCUUCGGCCGCGACCAGAUGCUGAAGAGGCUGCUGGCCAGGCUGGUGCAGAGCAGCCCGGCCCCCCGUGUCCGUCACCCGUGCUACCACAGUGGCUACGUGGACUCGCUGUCCCUGGCCCCGCUGUACGAGUCGCCGUGUGUCCAGGCCGCGCCUCCCCCGGACUUCCCCCCGAGCCUGCCUGUGGAGGGGACUGGGAACCCCGGGGCCUGCGUCUCGGCCAUCCGGGAGCUUUUCAACUUCCCCAGCUGCCACGGCCGAGAGGACUGCGCCUUCAACGGCGUCUACCAGCCCCCCGUGCGGGGCCAGUUCUAUGCCUUCUCUAACUUCUACCACACCUUCCACUUCCUGAACCUCACGGCCGGGCAGCCGCUGGCCACGGUCAACGCCACCGUCUGGGAGUUCUGCCAGAAGCCCUGGAGGCUGGUGGAGGCGGCCUGGCCCGAGCAGCAGCCGUGGCUGCGGGACCACUGCGCCUCCGGCCUCUACAUCCUCACGCUCCUGCUCGAGGGCUAUGGGUUCAGCGAGGAGACCUGGCCCAGCAUUGCGUUCCGCAAGCAGGCUGGGGGCGCCGACAUCGUCUGGACGCUGGGCUACAUGCUGAACCUGACCAACAUGAUCCCCGCCGAGGCGCCCGUCCAGUGGCGGGCAGAGAGCCACGCCGUCUGGGUGGCCAGCGUCGUGUUUGCGGCGCUGACCCUCGCGGCCAUUCUCACGGUGGCCGCGGUCCAGCUCCUCUGGCCCCGGGACUGAGCACAGCCUCCUGGGGCUGGGGAGGCCCAGCGCCCACAGCCCCGAGCCGCCCGGCCGGGACCCCCAGGCGCCUGCCCGCAGUCCCCCGCGGGGCUCGUCUGUGGGCUCUGACCCGAGUUACUCUGGCCAAGGAGGCCGUGCUGGGGCCCCCAUCCUGGCCGCGGGACGCUGGGCUGUGUGACUGCGGCGUAGGGGGAUGUGGGCCAGGUGCAGCCCAAAGGGGCCUGACUCCCUGGGAGGGGCAGGUGGGGGGCCAGGGUGCCCGGAGUCAGCAGAGCCUCGGGGGGGCAGGGGAGGCCCAGCCUGGAGCCCCGUGUUACCGGCCCGCACCCGCAGAAUCGGUCACACCUUGGCGGGAGCACUGCUUUUAUUAAAACCC